AUGUUCGCCAAACCCCGGCCCAAGAAAAGCAUUCUGCCGCCACACAACAAGAAGCGAAAAGUUACCCAUGCAGUUGAAGAGAUCAAUUUCGACAACGAGGCGCGCUCGGAUUUCCUCACCGGCUUCCACAAACGCAAGCAGCAGCGAAUUAAGAACGCACAAGAGGAGGCUGCCAAAAGAGCUCGUUUGGAAAAAAUCGAAUUGAGGAAGCAGGCCCGAGAAGACCGCCGUCGCGAAGUAGAGGACCACGUCAAUACGGUGAACAGGCUGCUGCGGGAGUCGGAAGUUGCAGGAGGUGUCGACAAGGAUUCGGACGAGUCCGCUGACGAGUGGGACGGCUUUCCCGACCAACCGAAUCUCGACAUCGUGGACCACGAGGAAGAGUACAUUGACGAGGAUCGCUACACAACGGUCACGGUUGAAUCUGUGUCAGUGUCACGAGACGGCCUGUAUAAGCCCCAGGUCGACGAGAAGGUCGAGAAGGACGAGAACGAAACCGACAAGAAAGACACAGGGGCCGACAAGGAGGAUUCAAGGCCGGAGCGACCCAAGAAGAAGAAGAAGAAAUUCCGCUACGAAUCUAAAAUCGAGAGGCAGUUGACGGAAAGGAAGCGCAAAAUAAAGAGCAGGUCAUGA